AUGACUGAGCAAGCACCAAGACGAAAAAAAAGUGUGUGGAGAAUUAUAUUCGAAGUAAUCAUGUUUAUUGUUGUACUAUUUUGCAUAUACGUAUUCUAUAAAAGUAAAUAUGAUACAUAUAACCUGUACUCAAGUGCAUAUGUAAGAACAACACCAUCAUAUACAGCAGCAGAAGCUGAAGCAACCAAAAAACGUGUACUUAAUUAUCUAAACACUAUGUAUGGCAAUGGAGCAACAGACACAUAUAAUCCACACAAGGAUAGACCAACAGCAAGAGAUACAUCAGCAUAUACACCAACAUAUAGUCCAACAUAUACGCCAGUAUAUACAGCAACAUCAGCAUAUACACCAACAUAUGGAGAUAGUGAUGCACAUUCUAGCCAAGAAGAAACUCCAGUGAUUGAGAAUAGCCGAACAGAAACUCCAGCCACUAUGGUGAAUGAAGGAGAUAGACUUUAUUGGUCUUCAGUAUUUCCUAGUUGGCCAGCUAUUGAGUUUAUUCAGAAUAAUGGAGCAGCGGAAGGUCUACAGGCCCAACCAAACACUCCUCCUCCACCAUAUUCAACUUUGCCACCGGUAGUACUAGUGCCUGAGAACACUGCAGAUACUACAGACUCUCCUCCUCCAUAUAAUUUAGACGAUCUGGCUAUUACUGGCUCGAAUCAUGAAGAUGAAGCAGAGGAUGAGGAUAGGAAGAAAGAAAUAGAAAAAGAGAAUGAGGAGGAAAAAGUAGAAAAAAAAGGAGUGAAAGAAGAAAAACUUAUCGACAUUAGCACAUGUGAAAAAGAAAAGCUCGUUGAUGUUAGCACCUAUGAGAAAGAGCAAGAGGAAAGGGAUACGAUUGAUCUCACAACCUACGAGAUAAAGAAAGGAAAACAGCAGAAAAAAGGAGAUAUGAUUGAUCUUACCACUUACGAGAUACUUCAGAAGAACAAGCAAGAUGAAGUGAUAGAAGCAGAAAAAGAAGAAGAAGAGAAAAUAAAGCAAGAGAGAAAGCAAGAUAAAGUAGAUCUGAUUGAUUUUACAAGCUGCGAGAUAGGUCAGGAGAACAAGCAAGAUAGAGUAGUUGAGGAAGCCACACAAAGUAAAGAAUCAGAGCAAGAAAAAGUAAAAGAGAAAAUAGCAGAAGAAGACACACAAGAGGAAGUAGAUCUGAUUGACCUCAACAGUUAUGGUACAAAGAAAGAAGUCACAAAAAAUAAAGAAUCAGAGCAAGAAGAAGUAAAAGAGAAAAUAGAAGAAUCAGCAGAAGAAGUAGAUCUGAUUGAUCUUAAAAGCUAUGGUGCAAAGCACGAAGACACACAAAAUAAAGAAGCAGAGCAAGAAAAAGUAAAAGUAGCAGAAGGAGCAGAAGAAGUAGAUCUGAUUGAUCUUAAAAGCUAUGGUGCAAAGCACGAAGAUACACAAGAGGAAGUAAACCUGAUUGAUCUCAACAGUUAUGGUACAAAACAAGAAGUCACACAAGAGGAAGUAAAAGAAGAAGGAGAAAAAGAAGACACACAUAAAGAAGCAGAAGAAGAAAUAAAUCUCAUUGAUCUUGAAAGCUACAAUACAAAGCACGAAGACACACAAAAAGAAGUAGCAGAGACUUUUAGAGCACCUGAUCAAAUAGAAAAUGACAGAACAAGCAAAAGUCCUUCAACAGAUAGUAUUACCUCUUCUUUCGUUGUUUUAGAUAGUUCCCAGAAAUCAAUGACUGAUAGCCAACUUGAUGAUGGCUUACAUAACGGAACACAAACACAAACAGAUGGAAAUACUGGGCAAUCAGGAUUAUUUGAGCAAGUUUUUAGAACAUAUCCUGUUGAUAGCAACAAUCAUUUAACAAACAGUGUUAACUCUUCUUUCGUUGUUUUAGAUAAUUCCCGGAAAUCAAUGAUUGAUAGCCAACUUGAUAAUGGCUUACAUAACGGAACACAAACACAAACACAAACAGAUGAAAAUGAAAAUAGUAGCCAAGCAAAAUCAUUUGAGAAGAUAGCCGAUGAUGUAGCUACUGCUGAAAAUGCUGCUGUGCACCCUGCAUCAGUAACAGAAAAGGAUUGGAUCUUGUAUUGA